UUAGGAACAGCUGCAGUAUCAACAGUGGACGUCUUGUUGAUGGUAAAAAAACCUCUAUCUACAAAGGUAGAAACGUUUCGUAAUCUCGAUGUUCCAGGUCUAAUGGGUUCCGAGGUGAAGGUGGCGGGCAUGGACUCCAACUUUAGCAUCAAGGCUAGGAGAGGAGAGCGGGUUCCAAGUCUACGACUAGCAAACGGUCGUGUCAGCCAUGGGGCACCUUCGGAGGAAGAUAUCCGUUCACCGCGAAGCCUUCAUAAGGAGGACUCGAUUAAAAUCAGUAUGGAAAACACUAACACGUGCACGGACUCCCUCGUGACUGCUACCGAUGAUGAAACUCUAGUCAAUGAUUACAUUACCUCUGAUAUUAAUUACAAAGAUGAUCGUCCUCUUCCCAAUGCCGUUCCUCGUGAGGGGGCCGGAGAAAAGGAUGACGUCAGUCUUUAUGGAACUCCCAAGGAAGAAGUAGGUCCAACGUUUACAGACGUAAAGUCUUCCUUUAUGCGAGUCCAGCUACAGGCUUUAUUCCAACCAUCUGACAACAAGCUGGCUAUGAAACUAUUUGGUAGCAAGAAAGCUCUAAUGAAGGAAAGAAUACGUCAGAAGGCUGCAGGUCAUUGGGUCAUCCACCCUUGCUCUAAGUUUAGAUUCUACUGGGAUUUAUGUAUGCUGUUCUUUCUAGUUGCAAACCUAAUUGUCUUACCAGUGGCCAUUUCCUUUUUCAACGACGACCUGUCAGCAAGGUGGAUUGCAUUCAACUGUCUAUCAGACACCAUUUUUCUUUUAGAUAUUGUAGUAAACUUUAGAACAGGAAUAAUGAACCAUGACAACUCGGAGCAAGUGAUUCUGGAUCCUAAGCUCAUUGCUAGGUAUUAUAUUCGCACCUGGUUUUUUCUGGACCUCAUUAGUUCUAUUCCCUUAGACUAUAUUUUCCUCAUAUUUAACCAGGACUAUAGUGACAACUUUCAACUGCUACACGCUGGCCGGGCCUUGCGAAUUCUGCGAUUAGCCAAGAUGUUGAGUUUGCUGAGACUAUUACGAGUGUCAAGACUGGUACGAUACGUGAGCCAAUGGGAAGAAGUAUAUUUUCUCAACGUGGCUAAUGUGUUCAUGAAGAUUUUCAACUUGAUAUGUAUGAUGUUACUGAUUGGCCAUUGGAGCGGCUGUCUCCAGUUCUUAGUUCCUAUGCUUCAAGGAUACCCUCCCAGUUCGUGGGUUGCCAUAAAUGAGCUCCAGGGCGUAUUUUGGUUCGAACAGUAUUCCUGGGCCUUAUUCAAAGCCAUGUCUCACAUGCUUUGUAUUGGCUAUGGCCGAUUCCCACCACAAAAUCUAACGGAUAUGUGGCUAACCCUACUAAGUAUGAUUAGUGGCGCCACCUGCUACGCACUCUUUCUUGGUCAUACAACAAAUCUUAUUCAGACUUUAGAUUCGUCUAGACGUCAGUAUAGGGAAAAGGUGAAACAGGUGGAAGAAUACAUGGCUUAUCGUAAGUUGCCUCGCGACUUAAGGCAACGUAUUACGGACUAUUUUGAGCAUCGAUACCAAGGGAAAUAUUACGACGAGGAAGCCAUUCUUGGUGAGCUGUCAGAAAGAUUGCGUGAGGAUGUUAUCAACUACAACUGCCGGGAAUUGGUAGCAUCUGUUCCAUUUUUCUCUAACGCUGACCAAAACUUUGUUAACGAUGUGGUUACUAAAUUGCAUUACGAAGUCUUCCAGCCAGGCGACAGAAUCAUAAAAGAAGGAACUCUGGGAAACAAAAUGUACUUCAUCCAAGAGGGAAUAGUCGAUAUCGUAAUGUCUAAUGGAGAAGUGGCUACAAGUCUCUCUGACGGUUCAUACUUCGGAGAAAUUUGUCUUCUGACAAACACCCGACGAGUAGCCAGUGUCCGAGCGGAAACAUAUUGUCAUUUGUUUUCUCUGUCUGUGGAACACUUUAACUCUGUUCUGGAUAUGUUUCCUGUGAUGAGGCGCACCAUGGAAUCUAUUGCUGCCGAACGACUCAACAAAAUUGGAAAGAAUCCCAACAUUGUCAGUCAACGGGAAGACUUCCAGAAUGACCUGAAAACUGUAAAUGCUAUCAUCCUUUCAGCACAGACUCCAGGAAGUGAUGACUCUGCUCAGGAAGAAGAGAAAUCUCGUUCUAGGAAGAAUGACCGCUCCAUAGCAGCAGCUUUAAAAUGUACCAUUCCACGACCUAAGUCAGAGAGCUGCUUUCCUCGAUUCGAUUUUGGGCGAGCCGAAAUUCGCUCUAUUCAUCGUUCCGAAACUUUCUACCGAUCUCCCAGUAGGCCUAGUUCUCCAGUUGAUUUAAGUAAAUUAUCAUGAAAGAACACUUUUUCAACUGCAUUUAAGAAUCGUUUCAUAAGACCUACACUAUCGCAAUAUUACUAAUUAUACCAUAAGCAACGUUUGUAGAUAAACUUGAAAAAAAAAUUAUAUUCGGAAAUGUACAUGAAGCUGGAAACCAGAGAUGCACGCUUAGGCCUAUAUGAUUUCUGUCAAUAACGUAAAGGAAUGGAAUCGUGGAGGUAUAGGUAAUUUCUCGUAGCGUCUUAUGAGGUCACUUAUUGCAUUGAAUAAUCACUCUAGCCAAGUGUGCUUCCGUUAAACAGUUACUCAUAAAUAGUUGAGGCAUAUUGAUAGUGUGUAAAAAACAAACAAUAAAAAACUGUGACCAUUAAUAAGCAUAUAAAAUAGAGCUCUUGUUGAAGGCUUUAGUCAGUAAACUUUAAUAGCUUAUUAACUUAUUAUAACAUCCGCUAACUGAAAGGUUUCUGAACUAGGUUUUAGAAGAAAUAUAUAUAUAUAUAUAUAUACUCGUUCGACAGACAUAUUUGAAGGACUCGUAUCUUGCAGAUAUGAUAUGUGUACUGAAAGAUGGUUAUACGAGAACUGUAUACACGCCCUUCUCUAUUUCUGGCUUAUAAAAAAUAGUAGAAUAUUUGUAAUGAUUCAGUUGUUAAACUAGUAAAUUAGCUGCUAGUUUCAUUGCUCUUCCUGUUGGCUACAUCUUGUAAGCACAGUACACAAAGUACCGUUAUUAACUAACUAGAAAGACACGUAUACUACCUAGUCCUCUUUAUCCGAUUGUGAAUCGUGAUGCAAAGUAGAUAAAAAUUAUGCUAUGAGUAUAUAAAAUUUG